CAUUGACGUACAACCCUACAAGCAUCUUGUUUAUAAAUGUGCCAAGCGUAUCCAAGUUGCAGUGGCAUCCAUUUACUGUAGUUUCAAACAGUAAUUUGGAGGCAGAUAAAUAUGAUGAACUUGAAGAAAGUAUCAUCUUCGACAGUUCAGAUACCGAUGGUUUGGUUUUCCCUCACUGUGAUGCCCUCGUUAUCACUUUACGAAUUUUAGAUACCGAUGUGAGGCGCAUUAUGGUAGAUGAUGGAAGUGGUGCGUGCAUUAUUCACCCUCGAGUACUUGCACAAAUGAAACUCGAGGAAAAGAUAGUGUCGUGCUGCAUCACGCUAACGAGUUUUAACAAAGCAGUUGAGCGGACAUCCGGCAAGAUCACACUACCCGUCAUGGCCGGCGGCGUCACUCUGAAAACCACAUUCCAUAUCAUGGACCAAGACACGACAUACAACGCCAUAAUAGGACGACCAUGGAUAAACACCGUGAGAGUCAUCCCCUGA